AAACGAUAUCAACGGAUACCAACGAAUAAAUAAAAAAAUAAAAAAAUAUAUAAAAAUGGCUGAAACAUCGAAAGCUGAAAUGGAAAUAAAUUUUUCUGCACUAAAAAAACAUGAUCAAGAUAUUAUUCGAAUAAUUGAUACCGCUUCAUCUGUUGCACAAUACAAUUUUAAAGCUUCUUUAAAUGUUUGGGAUAAAACAGAAGUUGAAGGAGCAUUGUUUUUAUAUUCACGAAGAGUGCCUCCCUAUGUUGUAAUUUUUAUAAUGAAUAGACUAAACACUCAAAAUGCCCAAGUUGUUUUAACGAAAGACAUGGAUUUUAUGAUACAAAAACCAUUUUUACUGUGUAAAUCUGCCAACAAUGAAAUUUCUGGCAUUUGGUUUUAUGAUGAGGAUGAAUGUGAAAGAUUUGGUAUAUUGUUAUCAAAAUAUGUUCAACUUUUAAAAGAUGAAAAGUUAUUGAAACAAGAAGUUUUAUGCGAUGAAAAUAAACUUCAGCCUCCAAAGAACGAUUUAUUUUAUUUGUUUUCAAAAGCACAAGAAGAGUUUAAGGCCCGUCCUAAAUUAAUUCCUUUACAAGUAGAAAAGCAAAAGAUAAACAAAAAACCUCAAGCUGUUGAUCAAAUCAGUAAUCAUUGCAGUAAACCACCAAUUAUUCUUAAACGAAACUCUCUAUCAAAUUCGAAGCCCCAUGAUGAACAGAUCAUAAAUCAACCAAUAUGUUCAGAGCUACUGGAAACCAAAUACCAGGAAAAAAUAGAAAAAUUGUUAUCUCCAGAUGUUAUAAAGGACAAACCAGAGUUGCAGAGCAAUAAUCAAGACCACAGAAUUAAUAGUCAUGAUGAUGUACAUCAUGAUGAUACAGAAAGGUCAGCAAUAUACUCUCGUACUAUGUCUAGUAAUGGAGUUACAUAUCAAAAAACUGAUCAGGCUUUUCAAGAUGGAAAUAAUGUUGUAACUGAUUUUUCUGGUAUCGUUAAAAAUUUAUCUGAAAUUAAGCCGAAAGUUAUAGGGUGUGCUGAGCUAGAGUUCGAACUUUUAAACAAAGUAGUUAUAAAUCAGGUUGCUAAUAGCUCUAACCAAAACUCAAAUUAUUUGUCCAAUACUGUUUUAAAGUCAGAUUUUGAUUAUCCUACAUCAACUGUAUCUGCUACCACAUCAACAAACAAGACUUCAGAAUCUUCAGAAAUUUCUGCACCCCAUAUUCAACUUUUAUCUCCAAGCAUUCUUGCUUCCAAAUCUGUCAAACGUGGCAAUGCACCAAGUGGACUUGCUAAUGGUCAUAAUAAGGUGUUAUUAGCAGCUACUUUUGCAACGCAAGGUACUAAAGUCUCCAAAAAGCUUUUUGGUGAUGAACAGAAAAUUGAGCAAGGUCGUGAAGCACCUUCAGCUUCAUGUUUAAAUUCCUUAAUGUCUCCUGCUGCAUUUCAAUUGCGCAACAAAACAAAAGAAAAAGAAUUAGUAUUAUCUAAGGAUGAGUUUCAACAAACUCUUUUAAAUGUCAUUCAGAAUGAUGACCGUUUUGUGACGAUGUUACACGAAGCAUAUUUGGAAGUUUUACGCAAAGAUAGGUAGCUCCAGAUUUGCUAAAUAGGAAUCUUUAAAAGCAUAAACUGCAGCUUGUGUGAUAUGUGCUAUUUUAUCACCACAUUGAUAAUGUGCAAAGUUGUGUGACAACCAAAUAGUUGGAUUAAAAUAUACAUAAAUGACUUAUUCAUUUUCCAUUACCAAUGUAUGAUCAUUAUUCAUCUCAUUGAAACGUCAUGAUCUUUAUUUAUCUCUUGCAUUCGUCAUGAUCAUCACUCAUUGCAUACACUCAUCAUUUUCUAAAUGAAAUAAAUAGUUCAACGUUUUGGUGAAAGAAAACGCUUUGGUUAAAGAAAACUUUUUGCUAGCAGCCCUCGAUUUUUAUCGCGAUGCUGUUUUAUGUUGAUUGAGUGUUACAUUGUAAUCCAGUAUUUUUUCUUAAAAUACAAUACUUUUUUGGUA